AAUUUGUUGAGAUCAUUCCUCAUUCACAAGAAUCAAGAAAAAUGGCAUCAAUGGCUACCUUACCUCAGUUCACUGGACUAAGACCCCAGCUCUCCCCCGCCCCAAUUCGAUCCUUAGUUCGGCCUUCUUUCAUUUUUUCUUCAAUUCAUCGAAUCUGGUUCAUACAUGCAGCUUUUACCUAACUUUACUCAGUGGUGCAGGCUACAGUUCAGCCAUUAAGGAAUAAGAGCAAGGGUGCUUUGGGUGUCCGAUGUGGCUUCAUUGGUUCUCCCACCAAUUUGAUAAUGGUGACAAGCACAAGCCUAAUGCUGUUUGCGGGGAGAUUUGGGCUAGCUCCAUCUGCAAACAGGAAGGCAACUGCCGGAUUGAAGCUGGAAGUAAGGGAUUCCGGGCUGCAGACUGAUGAUCCGGCUGGUUUUACACUUGCGGACACCUUGGCAUGUGGCACUGUUGGUCACAUUAUUGGUGUUGGGGUUGUUCUUGGACUGAAGAAUAUGGGUCUUCUGUAAACAAAUUUCUAUUUGGUCCAUCAAAGUGUUUAUGUUGAUAUGUUGUAAAGACAUUUCCAUUUGGUUCAUCAAACUGUUAAUGCCAAUUUUUAAUCUCU